AUGUGUGGCCUGAUUUUAUCCGACAAAGUAGUCUUCUGUGGGCUCCUUCUUUUAUCAUUUUGCUUCUUUGGUGGGAAAUGUGAGGUUCAAAAAUCCGAACCUUCAGCAUCAACCAGCCUGCAGGGCAUCAAACCUUUCCAAGAUGAAAUUGAUCAACCCCAGGCCUUCCCUGAUGAGGAGAGGGCCAGUCUUCCCGUUUUUUCGAUGGACUAUCCUCGGAUACAAGUCCCCUUUGAAUUCACGCUGUGGGUACUGCUGGCUUCCUUUGCCAAAAUUGGUUUUCACAUUUACAGUAAAGUCACAAUCUGGAUCCCUGAGUCCUGCCUUCUGAUUUCUAUUGGCCUCAUUGUUGGUGCCAUCAUGCACUCUGUUAAAGAGGAGCCGCCAGCCGUGCUCACAUCCAAUGUCUUCUUCCUGUACAUGCUCCCGCUUAUUGUCCUGGAAAAUGGAUAUUUCAUGCCCACCAGACCCUUUUUCGAGAAUGUUGGCACGGUACUGUGGUAUGCCGUGGUGGGAACUCUGUGGAACAGCAUUGGCAUUGGCCUCUCACUCUUCGCCAUCUGUCAGUUUGAGGUCUUUGGAGUUCAAGAUAUCAACCUGCAGGAAAAUUUGUUAUUUGCAUCCAUCAUCUCUGCUGUAGACCCUGUGGCUGUGCUCAAUGUGUUUGAUGACAUCGAUGUCAAUGAGCAGACACACAUUGUCAUAUUUGGAGAGGGACUCUUCAACGAUGCUGUCACUGUGGUACUUUACAGCAUGUUUUCCUUCGUGGCAGACAUGUCGGCCUUUGAAUCCACCGAUGUGUUUCUUGGCGUGGCUCGAUUCUUUGUAGUGGGGAGUGGAGGUGUCCUCUUUGGCCUUGUGUUUGGCUUUGUAGCGGCAUUCACCACACGCUUCACCCACAAUGCUCGACAAAUCGAGCCCCUCUUUGUCUUCAUGUUCAGCUACUUGGCAUACCUCGCUGCCGAGCUGUUUGCCAUCUCAAGCAUUCUUGCCAUUAUAACAUGUGCCAUAACCAUGAAGUACUACGUUGAGGAGAAUGUGUCUCAGAGAUCCUGCACUACUAUCCGUCAUGUGAUCAAGAUGUUGGCCACCAUCUCUGAAACGCUCAUCUUCUUCUUCCUGGGGGUUGUGACAAUUACAAGUGAACAUGAAUGGAACUGGGCCUACAUCCUGUUCACGCUCCUGUUUGCGCUCCUCUGGAGAGGAGUUGGCAUCCUGGUGCUUUCACAGAUCGUCAACCCAUUCAGAACCAUCCAGUUCACGUUCAAGGACCAGUUUGGUCUGGCUUACGGAGGCGUUCGAGGCGCCAUCUGCUUCGCUUUAGUGUUCACUCUGCCUGACACCAUCAACAGGAAGAAUUUGUUUGUCACCGCUUCCAUCGCCAUAAUCAUAUUCACUGUGUUCAUACAGGGUAUCAGCAUUCGUCCCAUCAUUGAAUAUAUAAAUAUCAGAAGAACCAACAAAGAUUUGGGCACUAUUAAUGUAGAAAUACACAACAGGGUGAUGGAACACAUUGUUUGCGGCAUUGAAGACUUGUGUGGGCAGUGGAGUCACUACUAUUGGAAAGACAAGUUUAAAAAGUUCAACGAUCGCUUUUUGAGACGCAUCCUGCUUCGAGACAGCAGGGCAGAAUCCAGUAUUGUGUCCCUGUACAAGAAACUCGAGCUACAGACAGCCAUUGAUUUGCUGGACUCACCUGUGGGUGACCUGAGUGCAGCACCAUCCAUUCUGUCUCUUCAUGAGGAAAAGAAGGAUUCUUCUCGACCCAGAAAGAACUUCCUGACAGCUGAUGUGAGGAAGAUGCAUGACAUUCUGUCAAAGAACAUGUAUAGGAUAAGGGAGAGGACGAUGGCUUACACCAACAAAUUCAACCAACCUGAAAAUAGCCGAGCCAGGGAGAUUCUGGUUCGCCGACAUGCGAGCAUCAGACGCAGCCUCCGAUCCACUAGUUUCCAUGACAUGCCUGCUCCAAAUUUGUCCAAAUCCCAGAAAUACUACUCUCUGCAGCCGGGAAUGGAUCCAGAGACUGCUUUUGAGCUCAGAAGACGAAGUCUUGUAGGCAGAAGUAAAUUUGGCCGGCAAUGGCCUCAGUCCUCAUCCCACUCCAUGAUCCCUAUGAGAAGAAUGAACACCGUCAAGGAGUCGACACGUGCAGUAGGUCAGCCCGAUUCAUCUCCUGAAGUGGAUGUUUUGGAUGAGAGAAAACCCAGGGGUCCGGUUGCAGCCCCACGGAGGCUCAACUUUGAGUGGGACCAGCCUUCAGGGUCCCGGAAGAAAACUAAGGCUCCUUCACCAUUGCCAGUGCCACCUGGCCGGUUUGCUGACAAGCAGAACAUCAGAGAAAAUGAGGCUGGAGAUCCACUACUUGGACACUUGUCAAAGGGGGCUCAGAAUUCUGGGAGGUCAUGAAAGUUGGACUGGGUUAAUUUAAGGACCUCUAUAAACACAAUUUUCAACGGAAACAACUGAAAAGUUUCAAAAGAGGGAAUAUGAAAAAUAUUCUCCUUGAAUUUAUAAAUCUUGAAGAGAAAGUGAUAGCGAAGUGCGACCACAGCAAGUGAGGAAGAGGACAUUAAAUUAAUUGCUGAACAGUGUCGUAAACAAGCACGUCAAUGACAUCACCGCGAAUGGCCAGUACACGAGCUGCGAAAAUAAGUAAUUGAUGGCUUCCUAUUAAGGAUUGUAAGUGCCUGUUGAUGCCGCUAGGCGGCGGUAAAUUGCUACUUAUGUACAGGGAUGUCCAAACUACUGGUUUUCUGUGUGUUUCUUUCAGCUUGUCCCUUUCGGGGUCGCCACAGCGUGUCAUCUCAGAUGAACACAUAUAUAUGUUUGGCACUAUUUUUACGCUGGAUGCCCUUCCUGACGCAACCCUUCUCAGGGAGUGGAGGCCUCAGUGGGAUACGAACCCCCUGUGAACCACUGAGCUACUGGUUUUCUGUAUUAGAGUAAAAGUACUGAAGCUACUUCCUUGCUGAAGGAAAAGUGCAAAGGUGCACACUAUACUUAAAUAAAAAGUCAAAGCAUAACUGUACAGAAGGAGCUAACGGGGGAGUGUUACAGCUAUGACAUCUUUGGGCAAACAGGAUCAAAUUCCAGUUUCAGGUUUAUCGAUGUACUGCUUUUUAUGUUGAGUCAUUGCUAACUUUGGAUGAUUUUAAAAAUAACAUGCUCAUGUUAGAACGAGUAGAAAGUACAGAUAAUUGUGUUUAUAAAGUAAGGCGUAAAAGUAAGAGUUGCCAGAAAAAUACUCACAUAAAGAAUAGAUACCUGAAAAAUCUAUGUAAUUAUAUUAACAAAGUACAAGUACUUAUUACUUUCCACUGCUCAUUUUUCAGUGAACGUGUGUACAGUAUGUCUCAUCUCACGUCAACCUCCUUACUUGAUGCUAACAUACUUUGGUAUACUGACUUGGCGAACACCAAACCAUGAAUAUGCAGGGGUUCACUGUAAAACACGAUGAAAGAAUGCCACCAAACAGAGCACGGACCUCCACCAAAUCCAAACAGUCCAAAAGAUGCUCACCGUACCAGAAUGGUCACCAUCUCCUGUCGAUUGUAUUUAUUUUUACAACAGCUGUCUCUCAGCUCAACAAACAGGUGAAACAUUUCAGAUCAGCACCUCACUGUAUUUGUAGCUUGGAACAAUCGGACACCGAGUGAAGGCAUCAACAAUAGAAGAGCCUAAGCCCAAAUGAACAUAACAUCAAUUCCAAGAGCAGGACAAAAUACAGGAAGGCAUACAACUGUCUUUUUUUAUAAGUAUUAAGAAAAUCACCUAGUGCCGCUUGUUAAGGGUGCUACAGUAAUCUAAGACUCAAGACUUUUUCGUCUUUCUGUAUCUUUAGUCUCUCCUGGAAAUUGUCUUGAGAUCCAGGACUUAUUUUUCUCUGUUUUGUGUCCGGAAGCUUCUCUUUCUGAAGUCUCACAGAGAACUGCU